CUCAAAAUGCGAUAAAGAUGGGGGUAUCGUUGUAAUUUUCUCAUAAUGUCGGGAGGAAUUUCCCCAUCGGAGAGGGACUGUGAACACAAUGCACCGUUUUGACUCGGGAAACUGAUUCGGAGCGCCAUAGCCAUAGGAAAAAGUGAGAGAAGGACAAGGCUAGUGCCAAUGCAACAGAUUGAUGAUGCUGGUAGGAACCAAAUGGCAGCACUUAUGCGAGUGUUUGAUUGGUCAAAAUGCUUUAAAGAUGACGUUAUUCCGUGCAAAAUUGAAGAGGGUCUGUUCUUGGGUUCUCUUGGUGCUGCUAAUAACAAGUCUGAACUGAAAAGAUUGAAUGUAACUCACAUUCUAACGGUGGCUAGUUCCUUGCCUCCCGCACAUCCGGAUGAUUUUGUAUAUAAAGUUAUUCCAGUUAUGGACAGACCAGACACAGAUUUGAGACAGUACUUUGAUGAAUGCUUCAGUUUUAUUGACGAGGCUAAAGAAAAGGGUGGUGGUGUUUUGGUUCAUUGCUUUGUGGGAAGGUCCAGAAGCGCAACUAUUGUCAUUGCUUAUCUGAUGAAAAAGCAUGGUAUGAGUCUAUCUCAAGCUCAGGAUCAUGUGAAGAGUAGACGGCCUCAGGUUUGUCCUAAUGUUGGUUUCAUGAAACAAUUACAAGACUUUGAGAAAUCUCUUCAAGAUCAGAAGCUAGCAAAUGAAGAAGAGAAGUUACAGUGAUACACGUUGAAAGGCUGAGCACUAGAGACUAGAGAGUUUAACUUUUGCUACUUGAACUUGAAAGAUAUGAUCAUAUUUUCUACAACAGCUGAUAACCCGUGAUGCUGGCUAUUUAAUAUUCUAGAUAAAGAAGACAUAUUCUAUCAUAACUCGUUCCUACCACGAAAAAAAGCGCAGCCCUAGUGGAAGUGUAGGAAUAUGAAUGUAUCAUUGACAUGCAUUUGAAAUGGUGAUGCAGUUGAAAUUCUGGGAUGAGCAACAUUUUAUAAGUCCCUCAUUCGUUCUCGACUGUUAGUCACAAAGGAUUCUUCACGACUGCUGCUCUUAUUUAUGAAUUUGAUGUACCAAGUGGAAGUAACAUCAAGAUUUGGGAAGGUGACCCAUUUGUCUUCUUGAUCAGAGUCUCACAGAUAAGAGAAAAGGUAUGUUGAGUUUUGACUAUGGGGGCAGUGUGGGUACUUCUUAUAAACACCAUUCUCAACAACUACAUUAGGUUUCAGGCUGCCCCUUACUGUAUUUCUGUAUUGGAUGUUCACUAAUCAUUACAUCAAGAGACACAGGAAAGUAGACAAUAUCACUCGAAGUAUCCGGCACCCGGCGGCGUGGCUAGGAGCCUUGCAUACUGUCGUUACUCUUUACUAGCGCUUUUUUAAAGUAAGUGUCUUUACUAGUUUA